GAUCUAUUUUUCGGAUGAAUCAGAUCAAAACAUUUCUAUUUCAAACAAUAUAGUUUGUCGAGACUUAACAAAUAACAAAAACAAUCCAAAAAUGCCGACCACCAAAUAUUUUAUGAUUACUAAUCAGAAUAAAUAUGUUUUAAUGUUUUAUGGAUAUCGUAUCUGUGGUAUAACAACUAAA